AUGGCAAGAACAAAACAAACAGUAAGAAAGCUUGCUCCAGCAAUGAAACCUAAAAAUAACAACAAAGAAAACAACGAUAAUAAAGAAAAUAACGUUAAAAAAGAAAAAAACAAUCAUUAUAAUGAUCAAACCUUGAUCCCAUAUAAUUUUGCUAAAGCACCGAUUUCAACUAUCCAAUACUCAAGUGUUUUGAACAUUGUAGUAUUCUCUGUCGGUGAUAUCUUAUAUUCCUUCAAUCUUAGUUCAUUAAAUGAAAUCGCUCAAAACGAGAGUUUAAAUUCAGUUUCAUUCACUCAUGAUUCAUCAGCUAUCAUCACCACAGCAUCGAAAGUAAAGACAUUUACAAUCUGGAAGAAACCACAAAACAUCAAUGACAAAUGGAUUCAAUCUCUUCAAGUCUCAACUAAAUUAAAGAUAUUGUCAUCUGUUUUACCAAAAGAUAACAAAACAAUUAUUUUGACAGAUAAGACUGGUGAUGUUCUCUCCUAUAAACUAGAUGGUCCAGAUAAUCAAGAUGGAACAGAGUUACUUGGUCAUUUCUCUGCUAUUACCGAUACACAAUUCUCACCAUGUUACAAUUAUUUACUUACAUCGGAUCGUGAUGAGAAGAUCAGAGUUAGUAACUAUCCAAAUACUUUUGAUAUCAAUAACUUCUGUCUUGGACAUACUUUAUUCGUAUCAAAAUUCAUAUUCAAUCCAAGCAAGCCAGAGAUUAUUGUUUCAGGUUCUGGUGAUGGUACUGUCAAAGUUUGGAAUUGGAAGAGCGGUGAGGUUUUGCAAUCGUUAGAUUUGAAGCAAGCCGGUCAAGCCGUCGAUGAAGUUAUUACCUUACCGUUGGCAAUCGUAAACAACACUCUAUACCUAUCGAUCGAAGGUAAAUCAUCGUUAUAUUGUUAUAAAUUCAAUGGAGAGACCAACAACUUGGAGCAACUACCAACUGUUGACCUUCCAGCACAACCAUUGUCCUACUGCGUUGUUGUAGGUAGCAGAUUGUUGGUGCCAACCAUCACCAGUGAAGAGUCAACACCAUUGUUGUUGGCAUUCGACACAGCUACCAACUCUCUCGACCAAGCAUUCGUAGAGAAAAUCAAUACACACAGCUUUGCACCCGUUAACAAUUUGCAAUCAUUCAAAUUCUUGAUGAAGAUUCAAUACAAAAAGUAUUUGACACUCAACAAGAGAGAGAAAGCAGACAGCAAAGAUGAUGGUGAGGAUGAUGAAGAACAAGAAGAUGAACCAGAGGUUCAAGAAGAAGUUAAGGAAGAUGAAGAUUCUAAAGAUGAAAAAGCAAUCAAACUUAGAAAGAUGACCGUCGAAGGUGCAAAAGAACAAACCAAAUAA